AAUAAUAUAUAACAAGAAUGAUCUCAAAUUUUGGUUCUUGGGUUCUUAAAUGCAAAGUGAGAAAAUUUUCUACUUCUUUAAAAAGUUUUGCAGCUGCACACAGAAAGAAAAUGGAUUUAAAUAAUGAAUCUGAUAUAAAACCUUUGUACAUGGAUGCUCAAGCUACAACACCAUUAGAUCCAAGAGUUCUUGAUGCUAUGCUUCCUUAUAUGAUAUCUCAAUAUGGAAAUCCUCAUUCAAGAACUCAUUCUUAUGGUUGGGAAGCAGAAAAGGCUGUUGAGACAGCAAGGCAACAUGUUGGGAAUCUAAUAGGAGCAGAUCCAAAGGAAAUCAUCUUUACCAGUGGAGCUACUGAAUCAAAUAAUAUUGCUAUUAAGGGUGUUGCUAAGUUUAAUAAAAGAAAAAAAAAUCACAUUAUAACCUCACAAACUGAACAUAAAUGUGUGUUAGAUUCAUGUCGAUAUUUAGAAGGAGAAGGUUUUAAUGUAACCUACUUACCAGUUAAAUCCAAUGGACUAGUAGAUAUUCAGGUUCUUAAAGAUGCUAUUCGUCCAGAAACUUCUUUGUUGUCUAUUAUGUUUGUAAACAACGAGAUUGGGGUACAACAACCAAUAGAAGAAAUUGGAGCUAUCUGUAAGGAAAAAAAUAUAUUCUUUCACACUGAUGCAGCUCAGGCAGUAGGCAAGAUUCCCAUUGAUGUUAAUAAGCUGAAUGUUGACUUACUUUCAAUAAGUGGUCAUAAAAUAUAUGGACCAAAAGGUGUUGGUGCUUUAUAUGUAAGAAGAAGACCUCGUGUUCGUUUAGAACCCAUGAUGAGUGGUGGGGGUCAAGAAAGAGGAUUAAGAAGUGGGACGUUACCAGCACCUUUGGUUGUUGGAUUAGGUGCAGCUUGUGACAUAGCUCGCCAAGAGAUGGAGUUUGACAAAAAACAUAUAGAAAAACUUUCUUUGCGAUUAAUCAAUGGCAUUAUGAGUCAAAUUGAUCAUGUAGUAAGAAAUGGUGAUCCUGUGAAAUCAUAUCCAGGUUGUAUUAACUUAUCAUUUUCUUGUAUUGAAGGAGAAAGUUUACUAAUGGCUUUAAAAGAUAUUGCUCUUUCUUCUGGAAGUGCUUGUACAUCAGCCUCACUAGAGCCAUCAUAUGUUUUAAGAGCACUUGGUGCUGAUGAUGAUAUGGCCCAUUCAUCAAUAAGAUUCGGCAUAGGUCGUUUUACAACCGAAAGAGAAAUUGACUUCACUAUUCAGAAAUGUGUCAACAAUGUCAACAAACUUCGUGAGAUGAGUCCACUGUGGGAAAUGAUACAGGAAGGCAUCGAUCUUAAAUCAAUUAAAUGGUCGCAACACUAGUAUUUGCCUCUUUAACACUCUUUGUUUACAAUCUUUGCUGAAAAUACGUGUCUUAAGUUUAAUUCUUUUAAAAACUAUUUAAUGACGAAAGUAAAGAUAUACACAAAAAAUGUUGAA